ACAUAAAGACCAUGAUGAUCCAGUCUCAGCCAGAGCAGAAAGGACUGAGAAACAGGGAUGCAGGAUAUCUCAAUGUGUCCUCUGCAGGCAAGGAUUUGCACACGGCACACACACAGAACCAGGAAGUUUCGUAUUACUCUUGUGGAGGCCACUCCUCUUCCUCUGCACAAACAAGGAAAUCGAAAGUUAUCUCUGAUACUCCUCUCUGCCGUUUGUUAGUGAGUGUCAAAAUGGAAGAGGCAUUUUUUGAAGAUCGGGAUUCAUUUAGCUGUUCAAUCUGCUUGGAUAUACUGAAGGAUCCGGUGACUACUUCCUGUGGACACAACUACUGUAUGUGCUGUAUUGAGGGCUGCUGGGAUCAGGACGAUCUGAAAGGUGUCUACAGCUGCCCAGAGUGCCGACAGACCUUCGUCCAAAGGCCUGUUCUGAACAGAAACACGUUGCUGGCUAAAGUGGUGGAGAAACUGAAACAUACUGCUCCUCCUGCUGCUCCUCCUGCUGCUCCUCCUGCUCACUGUUAUGCUGGACCUGGAGAUGUGGAGUGUGAUUUCUGCACUGGGAGAAAACACAAAGCCCUCAUGUCCUGUCUGGCAUGUCUGGUCUCUUACUGUGAGACUCACCUCCAGCCUCACUAUAAUUUCCCUGCCUUAAAGAAGCACAUGCUGGUCAAAGCCUCCACACAACUACAGGAGAAGAUCUGCUUUCAACAUGACAAACUGCUGGAAGUUUACUGUCGUACCGAUCAGCAGUGUAUCUGUCUGCUGUGUGUGAUGGAUGAACAUAAAGGCCAUGAUACAGUCUCAGCUGCAGCAGAGAGGACAGAGAAACAGAAGCAGGUGGGGGAGAAACAACAGAAAUCCCAGCAGAGAAUCCAGGAGAGAGAGAAGGAGAUGCAGGAGCUGAGACAGGCUGUGGACUCUCUGAAGCUCUCUGCACAGGCAGCCGUAGACGACAGCGAGAGGAUCUUUGCUGAGCUGAUCCGCACCAUGGAGACACGGUGCUCUGAGGUGAAGGAGCUGAUCAGAGACCAGGAGAAGGCUGAAGUGAGUCAGGCAGAAGGCCUCCUGGAGCGACUGGAGCAGGAGGUGGCUGAGCUGAGGAGGAGAGAUGCUGAGCUGGAGAAGUUCUCUCACACAGAGGACAACAUCCACUUCCUCCAGAGGUUCAAAGACCACAGUGCCCCCCCUGUUUCUGAAGAGAUGCCUGCCAUCAUCCUUAACCAAAGUCAUGAUUUUAAGACGGUGAUGACCUCUGACCUCCAGAAAAAGCUGAUUCUCCGCUGUAAGGAGGGAGUGGUGAAGAUAUCAGCAGCAGUGAAAGCUGUCCACAUACUGCAGUCAGCAGAGCCAAGCACUCAAGCAGCAGCAUCUGUCACACAUGGUCACAGAAAGCAUUAUCGAAAAUACCCUUUCAGGGUUAUGUGUUCAUUGUCGCAAGGUAAAAAUGAGGCAUAGCCCCAUGGGUAAAUGUUUAUGGUUUAAUUAAGGAGUGAUAAUACUAUCCUCAUCUUGUAGAUAAACUAUGUGCCCUUAAAAGGAGCAGGAGAGUGUGUGUUUGUUGUGUGUCACAGUUCAACUUUUACUUUUACUUCACUACAUUCCUAGAUAAGUUAACGUACUGUUUACUCCACUGACACCCAAAGGUACUAGUUUUAGAAUGCUUAGCAGGACAGGAACAUUAUCCAAUUCACGCCCUUAUCAAGAGAACAUCCCUGGUCAUCCCUACUGCCUCUGAUAUGGCGGACUCAAUAAACACAAAUGCUUCAUUUGUAAAUGAUGUCUGAGUGUUGGAGUGUGACCCUGGCUAUCUGUAAAUGAUGUCUGAGUGUUGGAGUGUGACCCUGGCUAUCUGUAAAUGAUGUCUGAGUGUUGGAGUGUGACCCUGGCUAUCUGUAAAUGAUGUCUGAGUGUUGGAGUGUGACCCUGGCUAUCUGUAAAUGAUGUCUGAGUGUUGGAGUGUGACCCUGGCUAUCUGUAAAUGAUGUCUGAGUGUUGGAGUGUGACCCUGGCUAUCUGUAAAUGAUGUCUGAGUGUUGGAGUGUGACCCUGGCUAUCUGUAAAUGAUGUCUGAGUGUUGGAGUGUGACCCUGGCUAUCUGUAAAUGAUGUCUGAGUGUUGGAGUGUGACCCUGGCUAUGUGUAAAUGAUGUCUGAGUGUUGGAGUGUGACCCUGGCUAUCUGUAAAUGAUGUCUGAGUGUUGGAGUGUGACCCUGGCUAUCUGUAAAUGAUGUCUGAGUGUUGAGGUGUGACCCUGGCUAUCUGUACAUGAUGUCUGAGUGUUGGAGUGUGACCCUGGCUAUCUGUAAAUGAUGUCUGAGUGUUGGAGUGUGACCCUGGCUAUCUGUAAAUGAUGUCUGAGUGUUGGAGUGUGACCCUGGCUAUCUGUAAAUUAUGUCUGAGUGUUGGAGUGUGACCCUGGCUAUCUGUAAAUGAUGUCUGAGUGUUGGAGUGUGACCCUGGCUAUCUGUAAAUGAUGUCUGAGUGUUGGAGUGUGACCCUGGCUAUCUGUAAAUGAUGUCUGAGUGUUGGAGUGUGACCCUGGCUAUCUGUAAAUGAUGUCUGGGUGUUGGAGUGUGACCCUGGCUAUCUGUAAAUGAUGUCUGAGUGUUGGAGUGUGACCCUGGCUAUCUGUAAAUGAUGUCUGGGUGUUGGAGUGUGACCCUGGCUAUCUGUAAAUGAUGUCUGGGUGUUGGAGUGUGACCCUGGCUAUCUGUAAAUGAUGUCUGGGUGUUGGAGUGUGACCCUGGCUAUCUGUAAAUGAUGUCUGAGUGUUGGAGUGUGACCCUGGCUAUCUGUAAAUGAUGUCUGGGUGUUGGAGUGUGACCCUGGCUAUCUGUAAAUGAUGUCUGAGUGUUGGAGUGUGACCCUGGCUAUCUGUAAAUGAUGUCUGAGUGUUGGAGUGUGACCCUGGCUAUCUGUAAAUGAUGUCUGAGUGUUGGAGUGUGACCCUGGCUAUCUGUAAAUGAUGUCUGAGUGUUGGAGUGUGACCCUGGCUAUCUGUAAAUGAUGUCUGAGUGUUGGAGUGUGACCCUGGCUAUCUGUAAAUGAUGUCUGAGUGUUGGAGUGUGACCCUGGCUAUCUGUAAAUGAUGUCUGAGUGUUGGAGUGUGACCCUGGCUAUCUGUAAAUGAUGUCUGAGUGUUGGAGUGUGACCCUGGCUAUCUGUAAAUGAUGUCUGGGUGUUGGAGUGUGACCCUGGCUAUCUGUAAAUGAUGUCUGAGUGUUGGAGUGUGACCCUGGCUAUCUGUAAAUGAUGUCUGAGUGUUGGAGUGUGACCCUGGCUAUCUGUAAAUGAUGUCUGAGUGUUGGAGUGUGACCCUGGCUAUCUGUAAAUGAUGUCUGAGUGUUGGAGUGUGACCCUGGCUAUCUGUAAAUGAUGUCUGGGUGUUGGAGUGUGACCCUGGCUAUCUGUAAAUGAUGUCUGAGUGUUGGAGUGUGACCCUGGCUAUCUGUAAAUGAUGUCUGGGUGUUGGAGUGUGACCCUGGCUAUCUGUAAAUGAUGUCUGAGUGUUGGAGUGUGACCCUGGCUAUCUGUAAAUACAAAUAAAUAACAUAAAACAUG